ACGGCCAGGGAUAUAAAUUGGGGCUUCUCCGUGAAGAUUGACACACUGUUCCUGCGGUUAAUAGAUAUUUGCGCUGUUCACACCCGUCUUCCAGUUUCAGUCAACGUUAAGAUGAAGGUUCUGUGCGUUGUUGUACUUUGCCUUGCCGCGACAUUUGCGUCCGCCAAGACUCUUGACGAGAGAGUGGCCCGCAUGUUGAUGGAAGAUGAAGAAUUCAAGAGGAGUCUCAGGACCAAGGUCUGCGACGCCAUCGAGAGCGUCAUCAGCAGAGUUCUCAGCUGCGACAACGUGUCUGAAGACCGUAUCUGUGGUCUGGUGGUGAACGUCGUUGGCAGCUAUUUUGGAGCGACCAAAGCAGCUUGUAAACUUGCCAUUCCCAACAGCCUCAUUAACACCCUGCAGGCUCAGUGCAGUAAAGUCGGCAGCUUUGAAAACGUGAACGUCUGCUAGACGGGUAAA